AUGGAUAGUAUAGAAAUCAAUAAUACACCGAUAAUCACAGACGAAAACAUUCUCACAUGGUACGAUGAUAAUAAAAUAAUUGAGCAAGAGCAAUUUUGUUACAGUCUUGCUAGCCAAUGCACAACAGCAUUGUCUUCACUUUGCCAAGAGUCAUUCGAUCAAGCUUUGAUGAAUUCUGUAUUUAACUCGACGAACCCUCGACCAUUAGCCCUUUAUAUAUAUGAUGAUCAAAGUCCAACUACAUAUAUCUUUAACGAAUUUGUGUUAUAUUCCGAAUCAAUUAAUGUUUAUCUUGCUGAACAAUUUAUUUUAUGGAAAUGGAAUUUAACAAAAGAAAAUUAUCAUGAACUUUUGACUAUAGUUGCAACACAUGCAGGUGAAGAAGUAGCAGCAAUAAUUGUUUCAUCACCGACUGAAGUUUAUCCAUUGCUUAUUUGUCUGAUAUUCGAUCAAGGUCAAAUAAAAGUUGAAUGCAUUAUUCAGGGUAUAAUGUCAGAAAGUGAAGCAUUUGGUCUUCUCAUUCAAGCUCGGGAUGCUUUUGGUGAUCGAUUUGAAUUGCCAGAUACAAGUGGUUUAAGCUUGACAAAUAUUUCAACAGAAAAUUGGUCAAUACCAGCAAGCACUUUGAUACAAGUGCCAACCGCAUCAGAUGAAUUUCGAAGAGUUGCUGCUGAUUUCGAUGGUGGAGCAUCAUCAAUUAUUCGUAUUGAUCGAAUUGAAAAUACAAUAUGGUUAAUGCAGUAUCUCAAUCAGAAACAGAUGGUUGAUGCUCGACUUGGAUAUAAUGAUACGGAAAGAUUGUUAUUUCAUGGUUGUCCAUAUGCAGCAGCUGAACAAAUUCUUCAACAAGCAUUUGAUCACAGUCGUAUUGGAAGAAAUGGUACUUAUUAUGGUCAUGGAUUUUAUUUUUCAACAAGUCGACAAGUUAGUGAUCGAUUUGCUGUACCAAAUCCUUCUACAAGAGAAAAAAGAAUACUCAUGUGCCGUGUACUGGUUGGUCGAAGUUGUGAAGGUGAUUCAACAAUGAGAACAUGCCCAUCAAAUUACGAUUCAACAACAGGCAAAUCAAAUAUUUAUGUUGUUUAUUCUAAUCGACAUAUCUUACCAGAAUAUCUU